AUGUCGUCGUCACGUCCCCCUGAACUGUCCGCGGCAACCAACACGCCGCGGGAGGCGCUUUGCGAGAUGGGGGCUACCGUAGGACCGGUUGACACAGCAAAAUUCGCGUUGGACCUUGAGGGACUGUGGACAAAAUUCAACAGUCUAGACCCCGAAGCCAUGCUAGCGGCAUCUGGAGGCGCAGUUAGCGAUACCAGCAGCAGCACGCGCUUGGAUGAAAAAGCAGAACAGGAGGCGACCGGGUUCCUGCUCGACCUCGUUUCUGUCUCCAGGGAUAAUGGACUCAAGCUCCCCCGAGAGUUUGGUUUGCUAAUUAAGCAGCAACUCUACUUCGACCGCUACACAAAGAUUCUGGCACCAACUCUGGACCCCCUCCGAGACAGCAGAAUGCAAAUGAAGAUGAAGGACCAGGAGGGAGGAGUGGCAAGCGGUGAGGACGUGCUAGUCCUUGAAACGGAGAAGGGGGCGGGGAAAUCUGACACGGAGGAAGGGGAGACCAAGCGCCUUGCCGACGUCGGAGAGAUAGAGGAUGAGACGAAUGUAGAGAUCGAUGAUGACGGGAGAGAUGAAGAGGACGAACAGGCACAGAAACGUGCAGCACAAGAUGUAGGUAACGAGUUUGACGGGGCAGGAGAGAUGGUCGGGUGUGUGGUUGAUGCCCGUGUUGAAAGCGCGGGCGGGAGCGAGACGAAACAGAACAAGAAACGGAAGAAGAAACGUAAAAAGGACCGUCAGAAGGAUCGCCGCCCUCUACGAUGACGGAUAUCACCGCAUAAAUGUCUGCCGAUUCCCAAGUGUAUUUAGUCCAUAUCGAGUUUCCGAACCUUGAGAGCUUAGGAUAGUGCUGAGGUGCAGUGGUUAUCGUUGAGAACAUGUUAAAUAUUUUAAUAGCUUUGUUCCGAGGACCCACCGAACACUCGUGAGGUGGCCGUUUGGUUUCGCGCAACAAAAAAACAUGAUUUAGACACCUCUUUCGGAAUACUCGCAGAGGCGUGUGCUCGCGAAGAAAGAGGAUCCUGCCAGGGUAUGCGAAUUUUUCGGUAGACUAUCCGUCUGUGCAUGACGGAUCUUUGAGCAGUAAACUCAACCCCAUCUCACCAACUAGGCACCAAAUUACAAGUCUAUUCUUGUGGCCUGGGCAUUUGACUACAAUGGAACCGUCACAAUGGUUUACAGCAAGUCGUGCUCAGUUCGGUCGAGACAGCAGCGGAUGUCAGCGUGUCAGUGUUGUCGCAUCCAUCCCCAACGAAACAGAGAGGUGUCGUUUUGAGCCCGGCGGAUGAUGUGUGUUAUCGUUUGAAGUUGAGAGCGAAAGAGAGAUAUGGACUACGGAGGUGAUGAAGGGAGAUGCCAGGGAGAGAGGGUGCGUGUGUUCUAUGCUGUUGUGGAAGCAAGGCGGCGUGGGCACAUACACACGUACCAUGUGUGUAUGUUGAGUGUGAUUCGGUUUUGUUUGGACAUCGAGCGAUAGAGACAGACAGAGAGACCGAGAGAGAGGCUGAUCUCUCCGACCGCUGCACACCCGGGCAACCUUUGAGACACAGGCGAUAUGAAGAUGAGAGACGUUAACGUGUUGUGUAUGUUUGCGUGUCCUGUUGGGUUUGUUGAGUUUGUUGAGUGCCCCGUGGUAAAUACUGUUGACUGUGUGUCGCUGUUGAACCGAGUUGCGAAGAAAGAUAGAGAGAUGGCGGAACCACAC